AUGCCAUUGAUAGUACCAAAACCGGACUCUCUACCACCACUUCGCAUUAAUCAGCGGAUCGAUGGAGUGUGGGCAGACGAAAGAGGCAACUAUGUGAUCCGGGAUUUCACCGCAGAGGAGGAGGCAGAGUAUGAGAUGAUCAAUAAUUUGACUCUUGCAGCAUCAACGCAUCGAUUAGGUGCGCCAAGCACUAUAGCGAAAGAAGAUAGAGUCUUGCAAGAAUUCAAGAGAGAUAUGAUCUUUCGAUAUCGAAUGAUGGGAAGGAAGUUAUCCAUUAUUGAUACAAACGAUCCAAAGUUCGACGAGAUUCUUUUCAAUGAAGACCCCGAGACUUUGCUACACGACAUCAUUUUUUAUAUUCAAAUGUGGAUGAAGAAAGCUGUGCCCAGAAAGUUAACGGAUACCCGCCCAAAACUCAGUGGAGCAACUCAGCGUAGAACACAUUUAGAGAAAUGGAUACUGGAGAAGCGUAAGGAACCUCUUUUUACACGGAGAUUCAAUAGAGAAAUCACAAAAGGAAUUCACCUUGCAGCGAAAACUCUUUGGAAGGGGCGGAUCUGGGGGGCUGAAAAUUGUACUAAAGUGUUCUUCGGCCGUUACGAGUUAAAACAAUUAUUGGACUGGGAGUCCUUUAAUUCUAUUUCCCGAGAACUAAGUGAACAGCAUGAACUUGCCUGGUGCUUAGGGUGCUGUUGUGGUAUCAGGCCAUGUUCACUUGGCGAGCUUUCUACCAGGAAGGGUCAAUUCUUGAGAUGGCGAGACAUUGUUAUAACCAGGGCUUUCAAAACACUCGACGGUAGGAGACGAGCCUUCGUACCAUGGUUGUACCACGGUUUCUGUACCAUCAAAGCUAAUUCAAUAUUAGAGUUGGAACGUGCUGAUGACGAGACGCGUAUAUCGUAUGCGGGAAAAUUCAAUAUGGUAAUCACCUUCCCGUUUUUAAAAACGAAUCGUGAGGAAGAUGCGAGUACAGGAGCAGAACACCCUGUUUUACGAAUGACAGUAGACCACAUACAAAACCCCGAAAACAUUGCUCUGUCGCCAGCUUUGAGAGCACUGGGUAUUAUGAUGAGAAGGGGCAUCAUUGAUAUAGAAUCCAUCGAUCAACUGUUGUAUCCCCCAGCAGAAAAAGAAUUCUUGACCAUCGCCAUCAGACCAGAGUUUUUGGACAGCCCGGUGUUCAUUGCUGGACUCCCUGGCGGCAGAGGACUAGAUCCAAGUGGGCGCCCCGCCUCUACAGAUGGCAUCAGUGCAUUCUUUAAACGUAGAGCUAUAGCAGCUGGUUACCCGGAAUCUGUCACAAUGUAUGCUUGGCGCCGUGGUUUUGCCACGGUUUUGGAUCAGACAGUUGAACGAAGCACCGUUAGGGCGCUUCUUGCCCACAGGCCAGAUUCAGUUACCUUCGAAGACCACUACGAUGACCCAACCAUCAAUGUUGAUGUAUCAGCUAUUGUACAUGGGGAAAAGCAAAGACGUAUUCAAGACUCGUCACAUCCUGUCUUAUACCGAAUUCAAUAUUCUUGGACACCGGCUGAAGAAAAGAACUUUUUGCAAGCGAUUGUGGCACAGGACAGAGCAUAUCAACUAGCAGAAAACUCUGCCGAGAAAAAGCGCGCCGCUAAGAAUGCGAGAUACCGGGGUCGUCUAUCUAUGCGUGAGCAACAAAGAACUGAGAAGACAGCAAUCACUUUGACUGAAUAUCAAGAGCGCGUCAAAGAUUUGAGAAAAAACUCAGCACUAUAUACGGAGCUCCUUACGCGAGCACGCGAUAUUACUAUUACGGAAGACAUAGAAGAUGAGGAUAUUGAUAUGAAUGUCGAGGAUACAUAUAACGAUGUUGGUGAUGCCCUGGGUCUGGCAUUUCCAGAUGAAGAAAACGAAUUAUGCGAGGAUGGCCACGGUUCAACCACGGUUGUCCCAGGAAAUGUGCGACGGACUUCAAAUAGCGAGGGGAUAAUUUCUGCUACCGUGAGCAUCGAUGAGUCACCAAAAGAGAAAGUGUCAGGAAUCACAUAUUCUUUGACUGUGAAAGUAUUCCUCGAGUGGCUGUUGGAUACUGAAGCACCAACCAUUACCGCGCAGGUUGGGAGCAGAACCGAAAGAGGUUCUACAUGUCGUUUGUGUGAAACCGAUCCUACUACAAGCGAAGAAGAAAAGGGAAAAUUAUGGGCAUCACAAUCAAAACUAUCCAAACAUCAGACUGGCUUGUUUCACAGCGGAAAUUGGCAAUGGAUCCGCACAAUCAAAGCAAUUUAUCCCCCUGAAGGAAAGAAAGUGAAAUGUAACUAUGAGGAGUGCCCAAAGAAAGACUUUGUUUAUGCCGAUCAUCAUGCGCUCAAAUUACAUAUCAUUGCAGCUGCAAGAUCCAGCAUUAAUGAUACUCAUGCAAGAGCCAUCCGUAGAGACGGCUGGUUAGAACCAGAUUUUUUUGGGGAUGAACCAGAUUCCAAGAAGAGGAAGUCUGACAUGGAGAACAAACCGGUCAAAAAGUCUCAUAAGAAAAAGGCGGACAUUGGUGUUUUGAGACCAGAAGCAGAAUCAGGCUAUACAGUACUUAAAGACCCGAGAGUGCUCGAAACAAAAAAUGGAGUACCUGUCCUCUUUGGGGGACCAAUAGAAAUCCCAAAACUUACUACAGAUUCCCAAAUGGGCCAUAUUCCAAGAGCUUUACUAAACGCUCCCAAAGUUGAUCAUGAUGCAUGGUCUGCAAGCCAGGCUAGGAAUCCACUAAUGCAACGAGGACCGAAUGAUCACGAGUUGGGGCAUUGGUUUAAAAAGCAGGAGUAG